CGCGAGCAAGCGAUGCCUGUGGUGUUUGACGGGAGCCCGCCGAAUGCGAUGCAGAGCUCACACACUCACACACCGCUGACUGUCCUGAGUGGCCAGGAACUUUCCCAGGAGAUCAAGUCAUUCAUCAGUGGCGUUGACACAGUUCAAGGACGCAAACUCAGUGUCCGCGAACACGCACGCUGCGCUAUACGACUGUUGCGCUCUGUUCCGGCCUGUCGAGGAGCCGUGUUGGAGCAUCUGAGGGGCGUCUAUGAUGAGCAUGUCUCCGUCUUCCUGCACAAUCUCGAGACUGACGGUGAUGCCAAUUCCGGGCUCAGCUCAAAUCUGGAAGACAUCAUUCAGGAGGUCCAUGGCGUACUCACAGAGUUCAUUCGCCUUAACCCGCGAGCUUGGGCCCCGCUCGUAUCCAGCUGGGCUGUGGACUUACUGGGUCAGCUAAGUAGUAAGCAUGCCGGUCGAAGGGUUGCCCCCCACUCCUCCAGCCUCAAUGAACUUCUCCAGCUUUGGAUGUCCUGUGCUGCCACACGUUCCCUCAUGGAAGCCUACUCUCAAUGUUUGGCUGCCAUGCUGGCUUGGUGCCCUGAUGCUUGCGUCGACGCAUUGUUGGACACCUCGGUUCAACAUUCCCCGCAUUUCGACUGGGUGGUAGCUCACAUCGGCUCAGCCUUCCCAGGGACCAUUAUCAGCCGAGUCUUGGCAUGCGGACUCAAAGAUUUCUGCUCCCAUGGCGCCAAGGACCAAGGACUCGUAGUGAACGGGGUGGACAAAGGCAGCCGAGUGCCAAAGAUCGGCUCAGUGGUGGGAAUUUUAGGACACUUGGCAGCGCACCACUCGGACAGCAUCCGGAAAGAGUUGCUCAGGAUGUUCCAGGAGAGCCUCAGCCCAUCUAGCCCCAUGUCUCCUACGUCAUCCUCAACCUCGUGGGAGGGUUCCCCUCAGCUACGUCGAGCCGCGGUACCGUUUCUCCUUCAACUGGCUGCCAUGUCCCCAAACCUUUUUGGUGCCGUGUCUGCGGAGCUGGUGGAGCUUCUGCGUCCGCCUGUCCUACUUCAGUUGCAUAGUUUGUUGCAGGGGCUCCCCAGAGACGAACUGGAUAACAUGCUGGGCCUCGCGGUCCACCUUAUAUGCCAAAGCCCAUCAGGCGGAGCUCGAGUCCUCCGCUUUCUAGCAGACACUGCAACGCCGGCCUCAGUCAUCAUAUCCGGUCCUACGCCAUCCCCUCACGAAGGUGUCAGAGAAGGUUGCGACAGCCUCCUACAAAUGCUGCUUCUCCAUCUCCACAAGUUGGUGUACAACCGCUCGGACGGGGCAGACGGACAUACACAUCACUCGGCUUCACCCCAGCCGCAGAUUGUCAUCCCGUUCUUGGAGGAGCUGCAAACGCAUGUUGGUGAGCUGUGUGCCGAGACGCUGAGGCUGGAGAGAAAGCGGCACCUCUGGCUACAUCAGUUACUUUGCCUGCUGUCUGUGUACGGUGGCCCGAGUGUGGCGACCGAGGCUCUCUGUCAGCUCCUCACUCAGGCCCGCAACCCAGAAGAAUUGGCUCUGGCUUGGCAGCUCCAUAACACCCUCUCGUCCUGUAUGGCGGGGCUCAUUCCUGCUGCUGUGACACACUGUGUUGCCCAGAUCCACACACACACCUUGGGAUCCCGGCCACUUCGGCAGCUGCUGCUAAACCUGGCCAUAGUUAUCCAGAGUCAAGAUGAAGACAGAAAAGGAACACAGGAUGCUCACUCCACCAUGGCUGUCCAGGUGGGAUCCUCGGUGUCCGUGCACCUCCAUGAUUUCAGCCCGCUGCUUCUCCACGGGGACCCAGCCGUGUCCCAUGCUGCAGUGCGUCUUCUGUCAGCCAGUCCUCUGCCUCGCACCUCCUCCCCGGCACACCUACUUAUGCUCUCUCGUGCAGCUGUCGCUCAUUUCUUUAUAGCUGUUAGGAGGCGAGGGGAAGUGGGCAAGGCCGGGAGAGACGGAGGACAGGCAGCUGAGUCCGUGAGCUGUUCCGUCCAGUUGCUGUCCCGUUUUGCUGCAUACUCACCCCUCAUCCUCAAGGCUGUGCUUCAGCAGCUAGUGGAGGGAGUGCUCCAUAAAGGCAAUGCUGGACUCUUUGGAGGGCAGAUUGCAGACAUGUCUGGCGCGCCUGUGGCAUCCCAGUCGGGAUCCCCUGAUAUUGGAGCCUCUUUGUUGGACAUCAACUGUCGGUUUGGCACGACCGUCAACUUCUCGGGAAGCGUGUGGUCUGUGUUUCAUGCUGGGGUGAUUGGCAAAGGAUUGAAGAUGCGUACCAAUACAACUCAGCCUGACCCAUCUGGGGUCACCCUGAACAUCCAGACAUUUCUGACUGUCGUGGUCCAAUGUUGUAGCUCUUCUGGUCUCAACGGCUCGCGAUCACCCUCCGAUCCUGACGAACCACCGCCUAUUAAUGCUGAGGCAGCCAAGGUUGUUGCUGCCACAUUGGUGGAAAAUGUAUGUCCAGAUGUGGCUAACGGGGAGCUUUCCUGGCCUCCAGAGGAGCACGCCCGCACCACAGUAGAACGAGACAUUCACAUUCGUCGCUGCUUUGAGGCCCACCCCGUGCUCUUCACUCUGCUUCAGGUAGUAGCAGCAGGACGGCCGGCUCUGUGUUACUGCUCAGCUGUGCUCAGAGGCCUAAUGGCCACCCUGCUGGCACACUGGGAGGCUUCUCGUGAAGCCGCGUCCACAGACUCUCCCUGGCACCUCCGGGCCUCUUGUGUACUGGUGUCCUGCAUGGGUGAGGGGCAACUCCUACCUCCUGUGCUCGCUAAUGUUCACGAGGCUUUCUCUCACCUCGCACCUUUUGAGGUGAGGCUGCUGCUAUUGGCAGUGUGGGAGUAUGUGAGGGCCAAUGGUCCCAUGCCUCAGAAAUUUGUCUUCAAUCCCGAAAAGGGUCUUUUCUACAGAGAUUUCUCUCGGGACGGUGAUGUGGCACGAUACGUCUCACCGAUUCACAGUGUCCUGCACAAGAACAUUGACAGACUGGGACACCUCUGUUGGAGGUUUCAGCUAUGA